AUGUCGUUCAAGUCUCUCCUCUUCGACGUUCGCUUGGCGACCAAGGUGCACAUUGUGCAACUUCUGCUGGCAGUUGUUGUCUUGGGCCUCGCCGGCUACAAAGGAACCAUCAACACCGGUGUCCCUGGAGGCGCUGGCCAGAUCACGCCUAUCACAGCUGUCAGUUCUCGAGCGUUGACGUUUGUCUGCGGACAUCCACUAAUCCUACCACAGAGUGUCAAGAGCAUCGUCUGCAUCCUUUACGAGCUCCUCACUCGCCAUGUGGCCCGGCUCCAAAAGUUCGGCAGGCUAGGUGUCUACAGGGUCCUCAACGUGUUGGACUUUCUCUUGUGGGGUGUUGCUACCGGCAUGGUGGCCUACUCUGCUUCGCGGUACUGCGUGGGCGAAGCGUGCUCAGUCACGCAAGGCAUCAUCGCUCUCGGCGUUAUCAUUUGCCUGCUCUCGAUCCAGCCAGCUUGUGCUACGAUCACGGAAGCACGCGACGCCAAGAAGGCCCCCAGGGCAUACGAUGCCGAGAUGGCAAGGCCGCGCAAGUAA